GGCUCCUCUUUGGCUGAUACAAUACGGCGGUGACUGCGGUAGGCGGAGGACGCUCUGCCCUGAACCCCGACUCUCUAGUCACUGGGCCGGGAUUAGGAGUACAAUGGUGAGGGCGCAGUGUGCAGGCGGCUGCUGCUGAUUACGGGUUGUCGUCGCCUCCCGCGGCUUAUCUUUUGCCACUGUCUCCCCGGGAAGUAUGUGAGCCGCGGCGUGGGAAGGGGGACCGCUCUAUUGGAUUGUGCCAGUGUGGAUGGCAGCGCGGCCUGCUUUGUGUCUUCUUCUAGAGCCCAUGGAAGUCCCGCACUGAUUAGAGAGCAUCGUGCCUAGGUGUAUGGCGAGCAGGUGACGGUGCCUGCGUCUGUACCAUUGCAGUGGUCACCCCCGUCUGCUCACACGCAUUACCUGCACCAGCUGCCAUUGUGCAGCCGCCUCCCGCCCCUACACCCCUACACCCCAUCACCCCCACUGACCGUCGCCCCAGGGAUGAGUAUAGAAAUCCCAGAGGGGCUGACGGAGCUGCUGCAGAGCUUUACCGUGGAGGUGCUGAGGAAGCAGCCGGAGGACCUGCUGGAAUUCGCCCUGCAGUACUUCACCCAGCUAAAGGAGAGCCAGGGGGCUGCCCUCAGCCAUGGCACCCACCUACCCUUCAGGCAUGCCAAAGGGGUCAACUUUGCUGAGGAGCCCAUGCAGACCGACUCUGAGAACGGGGACGAGGAGGAUGACGAGGAGGAAUUUGUCGCUCCAAUCAUAAGCAGAUUUGCAAGGCGUGCAUCUGUGUGUGCAGAAGCAUAUAAUCCAGAUGAAGAAGAUGAUGAAACAGAACAAAGGAUCAUCAACCCAAAAACAGAUGACCAGCGACACAGAUUGCAAGAAGCUUGCAAAGACAUACUCCUUUUCAAGACCUUAGAUCAAGAACAGAUGUCUCAAGUAUUAGAUGCAAUGUUUGAGAAGUUGAUCAAAUGUGGAGACCACAUAAUAGAUCAAGGUGAUGACGGGGACAACUUUUAUGUUAUUGACAGGGGGACGUAUGACAUAUAUGUAAAGAUAGACGGUGUGGGAAGAUGUGUUGGUUGUUAUGACAACCGAGGAAGUUUUGGGGAGUUGGCAUUAAUGUAUAACACACCUAGAGCUGCUACAAUAGUUGCUACAUCAGUUGGGACAGUAUGGUGUCUGGACAGAGCGACUUUCCGAAGAAUUAUUGUGAAAAACAAUGCUAAAAAGAGAAGAAUGUAUGAAAACUUUAUUGAAUCCCUGCCAUUUUUAAAGUCUUUAGAACUGUCCGAACGCUUAAAGGUGGUAGAUGUUAUAGACACCAAAACCUACGGUGACGGAGAACAGAUUAUCGCUCAGGGUGAUGGAGCAGACAGUUUUUUUAUUGUUGAAACGGGGGAAGUGAAAAUAACAAUGAAAAUCAAGAGUAAAGCAGAUGUAGAACAGAAUGAAGCGGUUGAAAUCGCUCGGUAUUCCAGAGGGCAGUAUUUUGGAGAACUGGCCUUGGUCACCAACAAGCCCAGAGCUGCCUCAGCAUACGCUGUCGGGAGUGUGAAAUGUUUAGCCAUGGACGUGCAAGCUUUUGAAAGGCUCUUGGGACCAUGUAUGGAGAUAAUGAAAAGGAACAUUGCAAAUUAUGAAGAACAGCUGGUUGCACUGUUUGGAACAAACAUGGACAUAACUGACCCAAGUUCCUGAGUAAAAAUGGCAAUUCUGAAGACAUGAAGAGAAGAAAAAUAGCACAGUUGUGGUCAGUCCACAGAGGAUGUGUCUGUUUUUUUGUGUAGAUGCCAAGCAUAUUCUGUGUUUUUUUUUUGUUUGUUUUUUUAACAUUAGUCCCUUUAGUGGCAGAAGAGCUUGCAAUCCAUGACUGCUUUGCAAUAGCUUGCUUAUCACAC